AAUGUCCAUAGUUGCAGAAGCACCAGGUUACAUCCAAGUUUUUUCUAAUGGUUCAGUUAAACGAUUCGAGCCUGAAAUAGUCACUGCAUCAGUUGAACCUUGCAAUGGCUACAAGUCUAAGGAUGUUGUCAUUGACCCCUUGAAACCAAUAUUUGGUAGAAUGUACCUUCCUGAUGUUCCUGAAUCAGGAGUUCACCAGCAGUUUCCUGUUUUAGUCUACUUCCAUGGUGGUGGGUUUUGCAUUGGCUCGACUACAUGGCUCGGUUACCAUAUUUUUCUUGGAGAUUUAAGUGUUGCUUCCAAAUCUAUCAUCCUUUCAGUAGACUAUCGUCUUGCACCCGAAAAUAAGCUUCCUAUAGCUUAUGAAGAUUGUUAUUCUGCACUGGGAUGGCUGAUCAAGAACUUAGAAAAUGAACCAUGGCUGAAAAGGGCUGAUCUUUCUCGGGUUUUUCUUUCUGGAGACAGUGCUGGAGGCAACAUAGUUCAUCAGGUUGCUAUUAGCGCGAUGACAAGUGAAGGUUUUCGUGGUAGACUAAAGGGAUUGCUGCCAAUUCAUCCGUAUUUCGGGAGUGAAAAAAGGACUGAAUUAGAGAUGGCUAAUGGAUCAGCAGGGGACGUGGAGAUGAACGACAUGUUUUGGAGACUGAGCUUGCCUCAAGGAACAAAUCGUGAUUAUUUUGGAUGUAAUUUUGAGAAUGCUGAACUAUCUGUGGAUGAAUGGUCUCAGUUUCCAGCAGUGAUUGUUUUUGUGGCUGGCUUGAACUUCUUGAAAGAAAGGGGAGUAACGUACGCUGAAUUCUUGAAGGAGAGAGGUGUGAAAAGAGUUGAGCUGGUUGAAGCUGAGGGAGAGGUUCACGUUUAUCAUGUGUUUCAUCCUGAAUCAGAGACUACUUGUUUGCUUCAGAAGCAAAUGAGUGAUUUCAUACAUAGUUUUUAG